AUGAUGAUGAAGGUUAGCCCAAGGGUCAGCGUUCACGUUUGCUUGUGCAACACUAGACAUGGGAAGGAGUGCCCCCAUUACAAUAAUAGAGGGGACAGCGCCACAGCCGAUUCACCAGAGAAAAUGAAGCCGGAGCAGGUCACCCACAACAAGAUGACGACGGCGACGUCCUCGCCGUCCCCUGUCGCCGGCCUGCGGGGCGUGGUGAGCUCCCUCGUCGCCUUCUUCAUCGUCGUCAGCAUCGUCUCCCUGCUGUUCGACCACGGCCACGAGUCGCAGGUGCAGCUGGCAGUGCAGCACCAGCACCAGGAGGUGAAGAUGGCCGCGGUUGGGUGCCACGAGGCGCAGGUGCAGUGGACGGACGAGCUCAUGGGCAAGGCCGUGAGGGGCUCCGGCAAGGAGUGCAACUGGUCCGUGGGGCGGUGGGUGUACGACAACGCCUCCCAGCCGCUCUACUCUGGCCUCAACUGCUCCUUCAUCUUCGACGAGGUCGCCUGCGAGAAGUAUGGCCGGAACGACACCAGGUACCAGUAUUGGAGAUGGCAGCCCGAUGGAUGUGAUCUUCCAAGGUAUGUCUGGCUUUGUUACAUCCACCACCAGCUCGGUUUUGCUCAUUCAUGCCAACAACCAAAAAAAUGCAGCAUGCCUGAAACUAUAUAG